AUGCUUUCUGCUGCCAAAAGUGCACCAAAGCUCGGCAAAUCUGUUUCCAGAACGGCAGUUAGGUGGGAGUCCCUGGGCAGACAACGAAGAGACGGUAAUUCGAGUGUUGACAUUUUAAUAAGAAAUCAGAGGAGCCAAUUUGAUAAAGUGCGUGUUCGAGACGAUGCACACGACCUGUAUCUACUCGAACAGGGUAUCAAGAAAAGUGAGGAUUUCACUUCCCAGUUCACGAACUAUAGGUACAAGUUUGAUAAGUUGCCUCCAAAUUAUGGUGCUAACCAAGAAAUAGCGGUGGAUCGCGAGCUUCAAAGAGAUCUCGAAAACGUUGUUUCGUACUUUCAUGCGCCUAUCAAAUAUGCUUUUGGGUACGGGUCGGGCGUUUUUCAGCAAAGCGGCUAUUCAUCGAGUAGGGAACCGCCUCAGAUUGACCUCGUUUUUGGCGUCAGUCACCCAAGUCAUUUUCAUUCGCUGAACAUGCGACAAAACCCGCAUCAUUAUUCUUCACUGCGCUAUUUUGGUUCCAACUUCGUAUCCAAAUUUCAAGAGAUAGGAGCUGGAGUAUAUUUUAAUCCUUUUGUCGAAAUAAAUGGACAAAUGGUCAAGUACGGCGUUGUGUCGAUGGAUAAUUUGCUCAAAGACCUUGCGACGUGGAACAGUUUCUAUCUUGCCGGCAGAUUGCAGAAACCGGUAAAGAUACUGCGGAAUGAUCGUAGGGUAAGCUAUUGGAACCAGUUAAAUUUGAAAGGUGCUGCUACUUUGGCGAAACAUUUGGCUCUACAGAAAAACGAUCAAGUCUUUGAUGAAGGAGAAUUUUACAAGCAGAUAACGGCAUUGAGUUACCUGGGUGACGUGAGAUACAAACUCGGUGGUGAAAAUCCAAACAAAAUUUCCAACAUCGUGAAUAAAAAUUUUGACAACUUUCGUCAAUAUUAUAAGCCAAUAUUCAAGGAUGUGGUGAUCAACAAUUCAACGUACCUACCACAAGGAUUUACUGUUGAUAAUGCCGUUGGACUUUUGACAAGGCGAAUAGCUAGCACGAGCGCUAUUCAAACAGUCAAAGGCGUUUUCACAGCUGGGGUUACCAAAUCAAUCAAAUACGCUUGGGCUAAGAAGCUCAAAGCAUUAAAGCCAAACAAAUAA